AAGAAAAUUUCAUGCUUUUUGCUCAGAUAUCUCAAUUGUUAUCCAAGCAUCUUUCAGUUGUCAUCAAUUCCUUUUCACGCGAGACUCUCGCACAAAUAAACGUUAAAUGCCACGCAGGAGCCACGUGAAGGACUGGGGAUAUGCGCCGCCAUUUUACUUUUUACUAUCACUGGCAACGAGGCGUUGAGUAUACGUCAGUGUUUUAGGCUGUAUUUUGAAAUUUGUCCAUAAAAAAUAAGGUGCAAUGUAUUGAACUUCCUUGGGACUAUAUUAUACGUUUUUUGGAAAUUUGUGUACUGUUCUAUGCUGUCAACAAAACUUUCAAUGAGGAAUAAUUUCCCUGCAAUUCUGCUAGUUUUCUGAAGCAUGAAUGUAGCAUAUAGCAUGGUUGGUGCAUCCACUUUGCUGCCUCGCACAACCAUCACGUUUAUCAAGAAUAGAAAAUGAAUGGUGAUGCUUUUGGUGAAAAUGCUCAAGCGUGCUUGACAAUGGCUGCAGGCUCAGAUCGGAAACCAAUUGAGUCACCUAUUGUGCCUAAUUGUGGAAAGCCAAUGCCAAAUUCAUUGAUUCGACUACCAGGUGUAAGGAAUCACAUCCCAUAUUCUGACCAUAACUACGGUAAACCACUCACUCCACCAGAUUCAUGUAGCCCCGAUCAUCCUGCAGAGGAAGUUGAUACUGCCAAUGAAGAUGAAGGCUUUACCAGAUGUAUUUGCGGUUUCAAACACGAUGAUGGUUACAUGAUCUGUUGUGAUAAAUGUAGUGCGUGGCAGCACGUGGAAUGUGUAGGGAUCAAGAGCAACAGUGUACCCGACACGUACCUCUGUGACCUGUGUGAUCCCAGACAAUUGGAUAGAGAGCGAGCGUUUCAAAUACAAUUGAAGAAGACUAGAGAUAUGUCAGAAUUGGAAGACGAAGAAGACGGUGACGUUAGCGAACAUGACAGUGACAACGUUUCAUCACGUGUUCCAUUGCCGCCAAAUUCAGCGUCGUCGUUGAUGAAGGAAAAUCUAGUGACCAAAGGCAAGAGGAAGAAACGAGAAUCGACGCGUAAAAUGCACCAGAAGGAAAUGAAACACAGCAAAAGAAAGCGACGGAAAAAGAAGCACAUGCCAAACAACGAUGCAAUUCCCGUCGAUGAAGAUGCGAAUGGACCUUGGAAUAUAGCACCAUUCCCCGAUCGUGCAUUGUACGAAGAAGCCGAUAAGACAGAGUAUAUUGGAGAAUUGAUGAAUCAAUCAUUCCCACCUAUUGAGCCAAGCUUCAAUCUUAACAUGAACAUGAAAACUGAACAAUUGUGUAAAGUCGUAGACGUUCAAAGGAAUAAAAAGGGAGUUGUGUUGACCGGCGACCUGAAUAAGCAACAGUUUAUUCUCGAAUGCAAAGGAAAGCUGAUGUUAGAAUCAAAAUUCAAGGAAGAUCAUCCUGUUUUUGCCAGAUGUGAUCCAUAUAUAAUGCAUUAUCUUCGUCUUGGACUUGUGAUGGAUUUCUCCGAAUAUGGCAACGACGCUCGUUUCAUUCGCAGGUCUUGUUCACCGACUGCUGAGGUUGGUCAUGUUAUUUUGGAGGGCAAGCCCCACCUAAUUGUCGUUUCCAUAACACCGCUUGGAAAGGGGGCAGAAGUGACGCUGGCGUUCGAGUUCCCUUUCGAAGACUAUCGCCGCCAGUUGGAAUGCGCAUGCGCUCAGGAGAACUGCGAAGUGUUAAAACACAACAGGAUGAUCCAACGCGUGGAGCAGGCAAACGGUUAUCGAAGUAGUAAAGAUGAGCUCGGCUGUUUGGAUAGCAGUCAAAGCAAUCAUAUGGAUAGCGACUCGGAUGGCGAUCAAAACGCGAAACGAAAUCGUGCAAAAAUGUCACGCGAAGACAGAAAGAUGCAGCAAAUUAUGCGGCAGUUCGAGAAGAUGGAAAAUAAAAAGAAGAAGAAACAACAUGGUGGCAUUACAAGAGAGACGGGUAGUCGAACUACUGGUAUACUUACUCAACGAAAUCAUCUGGAUGAAAUAAACGGUGAAACGCCAUCAAAGGCGUCAAAAGGAAUAAGGAAACAAGGUUUGAGUCAGCGGCAUCAACGUAAGAUACAUGCGCUACGACGUGGACAGCACCGUUUAACGAGCUGUUCAUCCGAGCCACUCUCUCCCGAAGAUCACUUCAGUAGUACGGCCUCGACACCUACGACACCUUAUGUGAACGCCAUGGAAGAACAUCAGGAUGAGCAACACUAUUCCGAAACGACACACGAGAAGUCUUUUAAAUUCCCCAAGUUUAAAAAGGGUUCAAUGACUGAUCUGUCGUCAAACGUUGAUGCUUCUCGAAAUGAUCCGUCCUUAGAGGCAUCAUUGGGCUAUCCCAUUCCGAUGAAGUCGUCGUUCGAAUCUCGGAUUGACAUCGGCGAGUCUACUUAUGAGCGAUUGAAUCAACUGCACGCCGUUAUUAAUGGCAACGCAUCUCCAAGAUCUGAACCUGUUUACUCCCCGAGCCCUUCUCAUUCCACAUACGCCUCACCGACGCAUUCCGAAUGUGCAGAUAUGCCGGAAAUGUUUUCUCGCCAUCAUCUUGCUUCUCCCACAGGCAGCUUGAUCUCCUCUUCAGGUCUCAGCUCAGCAUUAAACAUCAGCAAUCCCGCCAGUACGACGUUGAAAAAGCGCUGGUUGCUACAGUACGGAAACCAACAACCAUGUAACAAGACACCGCCUGCUUACGAAACGAUCACGACAAGCGUGUAUAGACCGAGUCUAAUCUCGAAGAGGUCAUUUUCGUCUACGUCAUUUCCUCUUCCGUUCAAACGACGUAAAUUGAUGGAAUACAAGAAUCGUGUGCAAAACUCGUUAUUGGCCUCCCCGCUUGACGAAAAUCAUGUUUCGCCGAGCAGUGAGUGCGCUAGCUCUAAUAGCGUCGAAACUAUCUCCACUACGAAGUUGUUAACUGUGUCUGCCAUGUCACCUGUGACAUCACAGUUAGCUAUGACGUCACUGGAAUCGUCUUCAGUCAUUUCAACGAACGUUGUAUCAUCUCAGUUAGCAACAUCAUCAGAUGUGUCGUCAAUUAAUACGUCAUCGCCGUUAACAUCAGUAUCGUCUGAUACGAGUACGUCAACCGUUACGGCUGUGGUCGUAUCGAAUCAUCAAACUUCCGUUUCUAUGGUGACUCAAGAAACUAUUAGCAAAGACACCGCACGGCCGCACGUCACCGGAAGUGACGAAGUUAUUUCGCGUCGACUCAGUGGUGGAAGUGAUGAGGCAAAUUUUGAGCGAAGUAGUGUAUUAAGCAUCAGCUCGACAGAUGAUGUUAAAACGGACCUUGUAUCGUCUAAUAGUAAUACACAAAAAACGGAACUAAUAAAUGUAGGAGAUCACGUCGGAAGUAGUUCGGAAGUUAAUCGGGAGGCGUCUCUUCUUACGCCGAUGCAACGCACGAACAAUAGUACUGUAAAUGUGACAAGCGAUGAUGUAGGUGUCACAGAUGGAUUGGGAGUGGUGAGCACGACACAAACAACGCCUGGUGGCAAGAAAAAGGUGUCUUUAUCUGAAUAUCUCAAUCGCAAACGAACCACAGGAUCGGCGAUUAAAAGAGAUAUAACCGGAUCGGCCAUCACAUGUGACGUUGCUACGACGAGUUUAUCACGUGUCAUUGAUUCGGCCAGUGCUAUGGCCAUCAACAGCAAUUCUGUGUCAUCUGCGGUGGAGCGUUGCUCUCCAAGUUUAGGUGUAAAUAUGAAUCAUACUGGAUGUGGGAGUACUUUGAUGCACGGAACGACGGGCGUGAGUAGUAGUACAAAUGGGGUGAUGAUUGAACCAGUGAGCCCUGACGAUGGAAGUCGUUUCAAUAAUGAGAGACCUGGUGAGAAAGAAAUCAUCGAGAGAACCUCCAUUGGCAACAGUAGUGAUGCUAUGGAUAUCGAAGAUGACGACAACGAGCCUUCCUCUAGUACGAGUCUCAUCGACAUUCCAACUGGGGCAAGACCAAUAGGCGUUUCGUCUUCCGACAUGGUCUCUUCCCUCACUGGGACAUCUUACUCCUAUAUUGGCCAGCAUCCAACCAGUGUUGGUAAUAUGACACCGGAACAGCCAUCGUCAAGAAGACAGGUUUUGAACGCGGCGGUGCCGACGUCUGUCAUGCCAGCGGACUGUCUUGGUCGCUCGCUAAGUCGAACGUCGAUCACCCCAAACGUCUCCCAACAACCACAACGUCCUCAUAUCACCGAAUGAUUGUCGCCCGUAACCUUGCAGUAAUGCAUUCGUAACACAUUCACAUUGUCUUUAUUCGUGGUGUCGUUCUGAUUUUCUGUUGGUUGACAAUGGCUGUUUGUGAGCAUAGUUCACAAUGCUUCUUGCGUGAUUCGUGCCAUUCGUGUUUUUUGCGUGUUAUUCGUGGGUCUGUAUUGUACAUUGUGUGUCGAUUGUAGUUCUUAUUAUCGGGCGAUUCGCACAUCGUUACUCGAACUGUGAAUCCCACUGAGUUGUUAACUCUUAUGAAAAGUUCCAGUUAACUUUUAGCAACAAAUUACUUGACCGAGAUGUUACUAGUAGCGCACCGUCCUUUGUUAACAUCUUCGGUUUUCAUUCGGUUUAUUCAGUUCUCUAUAUCUUCAUCGAUAUUUUCAUCAAUGCUCAAAGCUGUGUACAUUGGCUGCGUUAUCUCGUUGUGAAAAGAAAAACACGUGACCCCAAUGUGGCUGUUGCAGAGAAAACAUUUGGUUGCGUUUACAAACGUGAAAUUUUGUGUGCGCUCUUUUGCUUGUACAUAUGACAAGAUAAUAAUAGAUGUUUGUUAAUCUUGUUGGAAUGAUUAAACGGCCUUCGUUUUGCCUUGUUUAAUUAAAUUAAAUCAACACACUUCAUAUAAA